GCUCCUGUCCUUUGUAUGGUGUGACCUACAGGUGAGAGGAGAGGUGCUGCGGGACUCCCUGGCUGUGAAAUGAAGAAGGUUCUGGUUCUCCUGUUGGCCGCAGCCCUUGGGCACGCUCUCGAACGAGGCCGAGACUAUGAAAAAGAUAAAGUUUGCAAGGAACUUGCCAUGCUGGGAAAAGAUGACUUCAGAUCUUUAUCACUAAUCCUAUACAGCAGGAAAUUUCCCAGUGGUACAUUUGAACAGGUCAAUCAGCUAGUAAAGGAAGUUGUCUCCUUGACCGAAGAAUGUUGUGCUGAAGGGGCUGACCCCAGCUGCUAUGACACCAAGACCUCAGAGCUGUCUGUUAAGUCCUGUGAAAGUGAUGCCCCUUUCCCUGUGCACCCUGGAACUCCUGAAUGUUGCACCAAGGAGGGCCUAGAGCGGAAACUUUGCAUGGCUGCCCUGAGUCACCCGCCGCAAGAAUUCCCAACCUACGUGGAACCAACAAAUGAGGAGAUCUGUGAGGCAUUCAGGAAAGAUCCAAAGGGUUUUGCUGAUCAGUUCCUCUAUGAAUAUUCCAGUAAUUAUGGACAAGCUCCACUGCCACUCUUAGUUGGUUACACCAAGAGCUACCUCUCUAUGGUUGGAUCUUGCUGUACUUCUGCAACCCCCACUGUAUGCUUUCUGAAGGAGAGACUCCAGAUUAAACAAUUGUCGCUUCUCACCACUAUGUCAAACAGAGUCUGUUCACAAUAUGUUGCAUAUGGGAAGGAGAAGUCAAGGCUCAGCCAUCUCAUUAAACUAGCUCAAAAAGUGCCAACUGCUACCCUGGAGGAUGUUCUGCCACUAGCUGAAGAGCUUACUAAAAUUUUGUCCAGAUGCUGUGAGUCCACCUCAGAGGACUGCAUGGCCAAGGAGCUGCCUGAACACACAGUAAAAAUCUGCAACAACUUGUCCACAAAGAACUCUAAAUUUGAAGAGUGCUGUCAAGAAAGCACGCCCAUGGACAUUUUUAUGUGCACCUACUUCAUGCCGGCCGCCGAACCACUGCAAUUACCGCCUAUCAAGUUGCCCACAAAGAAAGACCUCUGUGGUCAGGGGACCACCCAAGCCAAGGACCAGUAUACAUUUGAACUAAGCAGAAGGACUCGGGUUCCUGAAGUAUUCCUCAGCAAAGCGCUGGGGACCACGCUGAGAACCCUUAGUGAGUGCUGCGACAACACUCAGGACUCCGUGACCUGUUUUAGCACUCAGAGUCCACUACUGAAGAAGCAAUUAACUUCUUUCAUUGAAAAGGGGCAGGAAAUGUGUGCAGACUAUUCUGAGAGCACAUUUACUGAGUACAAGAAAAAGCUGACAGAGCGACUGAAGACCAAAAUGCCCAAUGCCUCCCCAGCAGAGGUGCAAGACGUGGUGGACAAGCACUCAGACUUCGCCUCCAAGUGCUGCUCCAUAAACUCACCCCCGCUCUACUGCAGCUCACAGAUUGAUGCUGAAAUGGGACACAUCCUGCAGUCCUGAAACAGUACAUAUGUACUGCCUUGCGUAAGUACAUUUAAAAC